AGCUGACUGAUGACGCGGUGGUCAUGUGAUCCGCGCGCUCGGUCACAACAAAGAUGGCGGCGGUGAGGAUCUGCGGAGCUUCUUUAUUUUGUCUGAUUUUAGUUUCGACUCAAAGUGUGUUGAGAGGAGACUCGUUCAGGAGGAAGUUGUCGGUGGAGCUGAACCCCGGCUGGCCCUCCCCGCUGCCCCCUGUUGGCGACCUGCUGCACGUGAGAGCCGUGGGAGACAACGACACGCUGCACUUCCUGUUCUGCAGCCUGGGGGCGCCGACACUGCUGCUCGUCCACACCAACUCUUCUUCUUCUACUUUGGAGGUUGACUGGACUCAGUUUUUGACUCGAAAAGUCAGCGGCAGCCUGAGGGUGGAGCCGGAGAGCAGCAUCCUGCAAAGCAACGCCAUCGUCUUCAGCAGGCUGUUGGAGUACGAUGAUGUAAACAACACGGCCAACCCGACCUCUGACUUCUUCCCGCCGUACGACCUUCGGGACUUCACCUGGGCGCGUCUCAACCUCUCGGGAGCUAGUGCUUUGCUCUGCGGCGCUGCCGCGACCUUUGCUAACGGCUCGCUGUGCCUGAAGCUGACGGUGUUUGACUCGGAGGGGCGGGAUCAGAUAUUGCCCCGCCUCCUCCACUCCGCUAACUCCUCCCAGGUGGAGGUGUGGCUUGACGGAGUUUUGCCGCAGGCGACUCGUUCCCGGUUCCUAUUGGAGCUGCAGGCGGUGGGCGGGGCUUAUCCGCUGAGCCGGGUGGAGGUCCAGCGUUCGAUCGAUGACGAGUUCACGCCGUCAAUAUUCAAGGUUCUGCAGUGGCUGCCCCCCCUGAACCGGACCUACGGAGGGUCAGGAUUCCUGCAGUGGAAGCCGGUCUCGUACCGCCAGUUCUCUCCUGUGGUUGAAGACGGUACUCCGGCCCAACACUCGCCCCCCCGGCCUCAGAGUUGCGCAGAGGAAUCCUCCGGUCUGAUCAGAGCGUUCUAUGCAGAACCGGAAACCUUCGGGCUGAACGUGAGCUUCGGCCUCGCUGGAGAACCGUUCUACAACAGCACCCGGUUCUUCAGCUGGACGGUGUUACUGGGUGUUGGUCUCCCCCCCAUGGACUCCUUCUCCCCGGCUGUCCUCAUCAUGAUGGCGGUAGGUCUGGGAACUCCCAUGAUCCUCCUGUUGCUGGGCGGAGUCUGCGUCUGUAUCCGGAAGAGGGCGUCGGCCUCAUCCUACGAGCCAAUCAACUGAGGGCUGGCUCUCAGCCAAUGAGAUGUUUUCUUUUCUUUUUAAACCGACAGCCAAUCAGGAGCCAGGGUGUUCCUACAUGUGUUCAGUUGUCCUUCAGAUAAAAAUGACCUUUUAUAAUAAAAUGAUUUAAGUUUCA